GUGUUUCGUGGGAGAUUCAGUUGCACAAGUCCAGGCCGCACAAAUGACGUCAACGUGUCAUUCUAUAAACCUAUCUUCAACAGUACACGAAGGCAAUUGAGGGAACCCGCAGGGGUUGGACCAACACGAAGAAAGCGCGCUCCAAGGCUCGUCGGUGAAUACCUAACGGCCCUUCCCCAGUUUGCAGUCAUCCAUAUAGCUAAAGCUUCAUACGCAUAUUUAAUUCAUACCAACCAGCUUGCGCAACGACAACGUGUAACUACACUUCCAAAGCAAAUGACUUGCGCGUGACAAUCCUUGGUCGCAAAGCACGAUGGCGUCCACGCCUAAAGGAACCUCAAGAGGAAAUGGAUCCUAUGGAACAUUUCGACCGCAAACAGCCCCUCCUUCGCGAACCAAGGCGGAACCCUUGAUUGAUGACCCGCGCCAUGCGGAGGACACACCCAUGCCAUGGCUGCGUUACUUCUUUCCCAAGGACUUUGACCUGCGAGAGGGCCAGCCCGUGCAGCCCUACUACCAGUUCUUUGAUGUGGUGCAGCAGCCGCUACAGGAGGACACGUCCGUGCCGCCGCCUGACUGGGCACCAAACGCCUACUUCCAGCUCAGCUUCACGCAGGUGCAUGUGCCCAAGGACAUGGUUCUCGCCACGCGCAUCCCGCGGCCGCCGCCGCCACCGGACGGCUCCAUUGAUGUGACGGCCGACAACUCGAACAUCCUCAAACCCGGGAAUGAGAAGCUCAUGGCUGACAUCCUGGCCUUUUGCCGCAGCGUGGCCACCUUCCGUGCUCGCACGUGGAAGGACGCGUUGCCGCUGGUGGACCUGCUGCGGGGCGUGCUGGCGCACUUGCUCAACCACUACACCUGGGGCGCGGCGUUGGUGCGGGAGCAAGCCAAGAAGGACGCUGAGGCUGCGCUGGCUGCUGAGAAGAAGGCGCUCAAGGCCUGGUACGACAAGCAGUUGGAGGAGGCUAUGGCGCGGGCGCGGCAGGAGUACGACGAGAAGCUGGAGGCACGGGCGGAGGAGUUGCGCAUGACCCUGGCGGAGGACCUGACGCUGCAGCUGCGAGCGGAGCGCGAGGAGAAGAACCAGCUGCGCAGCCAGGCAACCGGCCUGGAGUCGCAGCUGAAGAAGGCGGCGGAGGCGCAGCUCACGCUCAGCCGCAACCUGGAGCACAUGCAGCAGCAGCUGGAUCUGGAGGCGCAGCGGCGCGCUGAGGCGCUGGCGGGCAAGGACGCACAGAUGACGGCCAUGAGCGAGCAGGCGGCGUCGCUGCGGCGGCGCCUGGCGGCGGCGCAGGGCGCGGUGGUGGAGGCGUUGAACGCCAAGACCAAGGAGGACGCGUUGAACGUGGCCGUCAAGGCGCUGGCGGGGGUGCUGCCGGCGGGCUCGGCGUCAUAUGUUGCGGAGCUGCGGACGGCGGCGGACGUGGAUGGAGACGACCCCUCCGCGGCGCUGCUGGCGCAGGCGGCGGCGGCGCCGGACCCGGCGGCGCUGGCGCCAGCGCUGGCGGCAUUGCGCGGCGUGACUCCCGGGUUCAUGGUCAGCCCGCUGGCGGCACUGGUGGCGGCGACGCACGAGCAGCGCGCAGCACAGUCGCAAGACGGCGAAGUGGGCGCCGCGGCGGCGGGCGCCGCCGGCCGGCGGCGGUCGUCCGCGACCGGCGCGGCGGCCAACCUGGCGGCAGUCAUCUCUGGCGCGGCCCUCAACGAAAUCAAGGAGUCGCUUGUGUUCAAGUAUAUCAAAGCCUCGAAGGGCCACGAAUUCAUGAUUGGUGAGAAGCUGGCGUGGGGCAGCGGCGCCAGCUGGGAGAUUGUGGAGCGGGGAACGCCGGCGCUGGUGGUGCCGGACGUGGCGGCGCAGGGCAACAUGUGGUUCUUCCGGCACAAGCAGCCACCGGCGGCGCCGGGCGGGAAUUACAUGGCCGUGCCCAUCCUGGGCACGCAGGGCGAGGUGGUGGGGAUACUGGCGGCUGACACGAUGGGCGCGGCGGCGGCGGAGGCCGCCACCGCGGCCGCCGCCGCAGGCGGCGCCGACACGACGCAAGGCACGCGCGCGGCGGCGGCGGCAGCCGCCGCCGCCGACACCUCUGUCACGGAUGCCGCCUUCAUGCGCGGCCUGGCCGCCGCCAUCGGCGCGCGCGCACGCGCGGACGCCGAAGCGUACCACGAGGCGAUGCUUGCCGCCGCCAUUGCGGGCGAGGAGGCGCCGGAGCCGGAGCCCAGCGCGGUGGACCCGUCGCAGUUUGUGGUGGGCGCCAGCGGCGAGGCGGGCGAGGGUGGCAACCUGAGCGGCGGGCUGAAGCUGUUUGCGGACGCGCUGUCCUUGCUGAGGGAGCUGACAGACGAGGAGCUGGAGGCGCUGCGUAACCUGGACGAGCCCGAUGACGUGACGCUUGCGGUGAUCAAGUCCAUUCUGGCGGCGGUGGGCGAGAUCGCCGGCGGCGAGGACUGGGCGGCGGCCCGGCAGCACCUCAGUCGCGAGCUGCUGGAGCGGCUGAUGAGCAUGGACCCACAGGCGGCCUGGGCGGAGUGGCAGGCGCUGUGCAGGGCGUUCCGGGCGCUCAACGAGCUCUCCAUGGCGUCCCUUGAUGCCGCAUCCACCGCCGCUUCCGAUCCCAGCGCCGCACCCAGCGUCCGCGCCAGUGGAGCCUUCGCGCGCUGGGCGGCAGGCGUGCGUGCCGUCUCGGCGGCAAGAGCUCUGCAGCAAGUGCUGGAGGUCAAGCUACAGAAGGCCAACGCGGCGCUGAUGAAGACGUUUAGCGGCGACUCGUGCAACGCGCUCACGGAGCUGCGCUCCUACCGUGUGCCGCCACCUCUCACAUUCGGGGUUUUGCAGUGCGUGCUGAUGCUGUCCGGCAACGUGGACGAGGAGGACUGCAGGAACUGGGCCCGCAUGCGCACGCUGGCCAAUUACCGACUCAUCAAGCGUCUGGUGACGCUGCGGCCGGCGCAGGUGCCGCGCAAGAUCUUCCGCGCCGUGAAGCGCCUGGUUCACGACAUAGUGGAGGGCGACGUGAAGCAGGAGAGCGUGGCCACGCUCAGCCUCUACCGCUGGCUAGCCGACUUCACGCGCCUUGCCUCGGUGGCCAAGUAAGCAUAUGGAGUAAUUGACGGCGCUAGGUUGCACGGUGGUUGCACAACAGUUGCAAUGUUGUCUGUGCGAGGGUGAGAGAAGUGGUGGCAGGUGGGUUCGGCAGGGCGGCGGGGCGAUGCUUCCACGGCUUCACAUGGCGGCCGCAGCUUUCCACAGGCAAUGUAAAGUGCGCAUCGUAUGUGUGGGUUGACGGGGAGGUAUAGGGUUACAGGCAGGAUGAUGGUGUGUGGUGUCAUAUUACGGGUGGGGUGGGGCUUAAACCAGGUAGGCAAGAUCAGUAGCGGAUGCAAGGUGUGUGGAGAGGCGGUGUGCUCAGUGUUAUUUUGAUGAAUGCAUGCUGCAUACGAGCGUUUCCCUCAGUCCAGGGCUAAGAUUUAUGUGUGUACAUAGGGUGGCGAGGGGCUGGUGCAGACGCGGCCGCAGCAGCUAAGCGUGCUGACGCCUGACGGAUGGACCGACAGCGAGUGUGUAACCCGGUGUAACGGUGACGGGAG